AUGGCAAAGGUUUUACUCUCAUCCAAAUCAAUACACAAUCUCCGUAAAGAAAUUGCGAACAGACAAUUUCUGCCGAUUGAAAUCAUCAAAACAAAAAGGUCAGGCUCAGUUGUGGGCAACAAAGACCGCGAAAUGUCUUGCGAGCAUCAUGGAGUUGCCUACGUGAACCUAAUUCCACUUCUCUAUCCAGGGACAACAAAAGUUUCCGGUGCCUAUCGCGUGGUGCCAUUCAACGAAGAGGAAUGUGUUGCAAAGACUAAGUUCAAGAAAUCGGUACUGAGUGAUAGUUCAUCCACAGAAAUGAAAGGUUUACCAACGCCGCAAGCGAUCCAGAAGAAGCCUAUGCAAAAGCCUGAUCGAAAGACUCUACAACAGGGUGUCAGAGGCGCCACCGAUGAACUAGGCCGUACACUGGAGGAAAAGGGUCGAGAGACUGUGAAGACAGAGACUGCGGCCUCUGCGCCAGCAUCCAACCGAGAGGCACAACAAUAUCUGGAAGCACAGACAUUCAUAGUGUUGAAGAUAGAGAUCGAGCGUCCGCUAGUAGCCAAGCGAACGGUGGAGGAAGUGAACCAAUCGAUACGCUCAUAUAUCACUGCGAAGGAAGUGAAGCCCACCCCAAUUGAAUCGGCCGCAAAGGCUGUCAGUGACUAUCAUAAAAGCAUUGCAGAAGUUGCGCGGUACAUAUCGGUGGAGAUCAAGGAAAUCUUCGCUGACCUCAUUCAAAAGGAUCAAGUGCCUGUGGAUUCGGAAUCUGUGCAGAAAAUGAAAAGCGAGCUGUUCUAUUCUAUCAACUCAAAGGGAAGAUAUUUCGCUUUCAAAGAACGACUGAAAUAUGCUGUCAUCAAGAUUGUAAGAGAGAAAAUGUUUCGUACGUUACCCUUCUCUGACGAUGCCCAGAUGCAGUCUUUUCUCAGCGAUCUGUAUGUUUUCCUAAUCGAUGAGAUGCACAUCGGUCUACGUAAGGUGUUCAACAUGCGCCAAAAAGCUCCAUCAUCUGAUGAGAUGCACAUUUCGAACGAGCUCCUUCUGCGAAUGGCCAGGGAGUCCCGGAGCAUUGGUGAUUCCGAGUGGUCGAGCAGGUAUUACGGAGAAUUAGUGGCCAGAGACCCCAGCUGUUCCGCUUAUUGGAUCGAGUUCGCCUCCUUGUAUUUGAGCACUGGAGAACCAGAGAAAGCUGAAGUUUGUCUGCAUCGCGUUCUCCGCACAGAUCAGUCACAUCCAACCGCCCUUUUGCUCUGUGGCCUAAUCGCUGCGAUGCAAGAGCGCGUAGAGGAAGCGACGAACUACUUGGAGUCUGCGGUUAUGCACGAUGAGUCGAACCCUGUAGCGUGGAUUAUGAUGGGUUGCCCGCAGUGA